UGGUUGAUGUGCAUGAUUAUAUUGCUAUCAUGUGUUUGCAGGGAUCCCAGUGGAGGAUAAGGUGAACAUCUUCAUCAACAGCUUUGGGUCGAUCCAGGAGACCACAAUGGAUUACCGUGUUAAUAUAUUCCUGCGUCAGCGCUGGAAUGACCCACGGCUGCGGUUGCCAGCUGAUUUUAAGUCCGAUGCAUUGACCGUUGAUCCAAAAAUGUUCCAGUGCCUGUGGAAGCCAGAUCUGUUUUUCGCCAAUGAAAAAAGUGCUAAUUUUCAUGACGUGACACAGGAAAACAUACUUCUGUUCAUUUUCCGCAAUGGAGAUGUCCUCAUCAGCAUGAGAUUGUCUGUCACUCUUUCUUGCCCUCUGGAUCUAACGCUGUUUCCUAUGGACACCCAGCUCUGCAAGAUGCAGUUAGAGAGCUUUGGUUAUACCACAAAGGACCUGGUGUUUAUGUGGCAGUCUGGAGACCCUGUUCAGAUGGAUGAGAUUGCUUUGCCACAGUUUGAUGUAAAGCAAGAGGACAUCGAGUAUGGAAAUUGCACAAAGUUUUACCCGGGAACAGGUUAUUAUACAUGUGUAGAAGUCAUCUUCACUCUCAGGAGGCAGGUGGGCUUUUAUAUGAUGGGUGUUUAUGCUCCCACCCUGCUCAUUGUCGUCCUAUCAUGGCUGUCCUUCUGGAUCAACCCAGACGCCAGUGCCGCUCGAGUCCCCUUAGGAAUUCUGUCUGUCCUGUCGCUGUCGUCUGAGUGUAUGUCUCUAGCGUCUGAGCUUCCUAAGGUCUCCUAUGUGAAAGCCAUUGAUAUCUGGAUGAUUGCCUGUUUGCUGUUUGGUUUUGCCUCUCUUGUGGAGUACGCUGUGGUUCAGGUGAUGCUGAACAGUCCCAAGCGCAUUGAGGAAGAGAAAGCAAAGAUGACACUGAAAGAUAAAGCAAGAGAAAAAGAGAACAAGACACCAGCUAAAACUAACAGUGCCAAUGGGACUGGUGGGACACCCAUACAUGUCAGCACACUACAGGUUGUGGAAAACCGCUGUAAGAAGGUGUGUACUUCGAAAUCUGAUCUGCGCUCAAAUGAUUUCAGUAUUGUCGGUUCUCUUCCUCGAGAUUUCGAACUCUCAAACUUCGACUGUUACGGCAAGCCCAUAGAGGUCACAGACGCCGCCGGCAAAUCACAGAACAAGAGCAACAAGAAGCCGCCGCCUCCGAAACCUGUCAUUCCGUCUGCUGCUAAACGGGUUGAUCUCUAUGCGCGAGCUCUGUUCCCUUUCACCUUCCUCUUCUUCAAUGUUAUUUACUGGUCUGUCUACCUGUGACCAUCACAAAGUGUACUUGUGUGAAUAUGUGUGUGUGUGUGUGUGCUUUUAUGUUGAUGAGGGUGAUAAUCAAGCAUGAACAAAACAUUGAAAUGUUCAUCGUUUUUAAUCUUUGAUGUCUGUUAUAUUGGUAUGUCAGUUAUAUAGUCCUGCUGAUUUGUAUUUUUCCUCGUAAUUCGCUUUUUGAAAUGUGUAGCUUUAAUACGAGCAAACUUUGCAGCAUGACUUUACAGUGUGUUCAGCCAUGUUUGGUCCAAAGUGCUAGAUGUCCAUGAUGUCCCAUGCAAAAACAUCCAUAAUUGUCAAUUGUUUAUAAACUCAGGCAAAAUUUUGCUUAUGGAAAGAAAGACUGUAUCAGAUCUGGACCCAGACAGCAUGCAGUAUUUAUAAUAGGUUAUUGCAUAUGAGUCUGUAAUAAGAAGGGAUUUAACUGCUGUUAUCGAGCCAUACAAUAAAGAUCAUUC